ACAGCGAAAAUGUAUCUUGGUAACAGGACACGAGCCAAAUAAAAUGAAUGAGUGAGUGAAAUACAAAAAAUAGCACUACCAAGCGAGUUACGUGAAACAUUUAUCUUUUUAUUCAGGAAACAAUAAAACAAUUUAGUCAUGGAGGACAUCAGGGAUGCAAGAGGAUUUAAAGGGUUUGUGGAAAGACUGACUCUCGGUAUUACCCGGGUGCUUGAAGGUUUGCCGGGGGUGACGGACGUGCGUUUUGUGGAGAGGGAGCCGGUGGAGAGACGCUGCCUCAUGUCCUGGGAACAUAGGAACGACUGUGAGCUGCCCGAGGACUUGCGAGAUUUCUAUCUUACUACGGAUGGUUUCACCCUGACCUGGUGCACGAAGCUGGAAAGUGAGGCGGUACCCCUGGGCAGCAUGGUGAUCAACAGCCUGGCCAAGCUCCUCCCUCUCAGCCAAUCAGCAGUCUUCUCCCUGCCCAACAUGCCCACGCUGUCCGACCUGGACAGCCAGGAGGAACCGGAAGAAUCAGACGACCCCCCAGGGGUGCCCCACUUUGGCGAGCGCAGCCGUAUUUUCGAGCUGGACCCCUGUGGCGGGAACGGAAAGGUGUGCCUCGUCUACCGGAACUGCAGCCAAGACAGGGAGGCGCAGGACAGUGAGGUGUGGUUCCUGGACAGGGCUCUGUACUGGCACUACAUCAGCUCCUCCUUCACGGCCUACUACCGGCUGAUGAUCACGCACCUGGGCCUGCCCGAGUGGCAGUACAACUUCACCCCUUACGGGCCCAGCCCCCAGGCCAAGCAGUGGGCGUGUCUCUAUCGACCGCUCACGGCCCAUGGCGACGCCCACGUGGACUCCAACGGGGAUCCCAUCGUCAACAGGCUGGACCUCAGCAGGGCAUUUCGGGGAAAGGUCAAGCCCCUCGCGCCCAAGAAGAAGUCCCCCGCCCAGCCUGGAGGGGGCGGGGGCACCCCAAAGGCACACGGGGGUUCGGCGAGACUGAGCGGGACCCGGCGGUGAAGGGACCCCCCCCUCGGUGGGCCGGUUCCUGAGUGAGAGAAACUCAAAGGGCUUUCACACCCCGCCCCCAGACCUGCCCUCCCGUCCAGGCUCCGCCCCUUUUCCUGUAAUGAACUCCAAUAAGAGCUGAGAGCAGUCCUGCCAAGGCUGCUCCCCCUGUUGGUUUUGGCAGCUGUGUAUGUGUGUGAGUGUGUGUGUGCAUGUGCUUGUGUGUAGAGGCUUUUUCAGGGUACCUAAUGUAGUGUCGGUGUGGGUGACUGUGUAUGUGUGUUUACCUGUGUGUGUCUGCAUGCCUGUGUUUUCUUUGGCAAAGCCAGGCCCUCCCUCACACAGAAGUCGUCCUGUAUAUACACUGAUGUAUUUAUUUCAGUCUUCCCUGGCAUGUUUCCUGUAUGGAAUGCUCUGUGUACUAAUUAAACGCGGUUUCUCACUGCA